UCUCAGUGUGCUUGCCUCGGUGUUCGCGCUCCAUGCGUUUGAGUUCGCGUGUGUUCGACCGGUAUCUGUGCCUUUGCGAUAGUGUUCGAUAUUGAUUUUGAAUUGUGCGGAUGGAUCGCGUCUGAAUCUCCGAGUUUAUCGAGCGGGCAGUGGAUUACCGCGGCUCAAGUUUGUCGAAUUGAGAGCUAAAAAGGUAGUAGCGGAUCCAUCUCCAAGUGAGCGCGAAGGAUGAUGUCAACGAAAUCACCGCGGUGAGAAGUGCGCGAGUGAUACCUAUGAUGUCAGUGGCCCUCGGGCGCCGGAAUCCGAGGCAGCAUGGAAGAUGAAAUCCUGACGGACCACUCGCAGCCGCAGAUCGGGGCGGCUGGCGGCGGCGGCGGGGACGCCCACGGGAACAACGGGCGCCCCUCCUCGCCCAAGGUCAAGAUCGGCGGCCACCACGUCAUCGAGUCGGUGAGGGGCGCCCUCUCCAGCGGGGAGUCCGAGAGCCCGCCGGCCCGCUCCCCCAAGAAGAAGAAGACCCCCAAGAAGUCCUCGCCCCUCCUCGAGGACACCCCCGGCAGGGAGAACUGGAAGCUCAAGAGGGACGGGGCCAGCGCUGCUGCUGCCGCGCCUCCCGGCGGCGGGGGCGGGGGCGGCCUUUUCGGGCGCCACAAGAGUUUGGCCGUAGGCGAGAGCGGGAUUUUGUCGCUCUUAAAUGGACCAUGGAUCAAGGAUCAUAAAUUGUACAGUGACCAGCCGGAGCGGGACAGCCUGAACGGGCCACCCUCGCUGGUGGACCAUGAGCCGGACCCAAGUCCGGGAGUCGGGGCCGGGAAGGCCUCCCGCAGGAACGUCUCCUCCAAGAUGCGCGGUGGCAGGUCCAACGGCUUCCUCGGGCUCCUCUCCAACCGCAACUCCGACAUGCUCCAACACACAGAGUCAUUUUGUUACCUAUGGGUAAUUUUGAGCUCUCUGUAUGGAAAAACGCUCAUCAUUCUCAUGUUGGCAUUUUGUCUCAUCGAAGUCAUGGACAACUCCGUCAAACUACUCACGCUUCAGGGGAUCUACCUGAUGUACCUCUACGUGGGGAGUAUAGCAGUGAUCAUUUGCAUCUAUGUUUGGGUCUUGAUCGACAGCUGCGCGAGUCUCCACGACUCGCCGGCCUCCAUGACGACGACCAUCAUGGCCGACGCGGAGAUGGGAUCCCUCCCGGUCUCCAGGUUCGGCUCCCUUAAGCGCGCCCACAUCUCCAGAGCCAAGACCUCCGGCACUAGUUUCUACCUCAGGGUCGGCGCUCUAGCUUUCGGUUUGGGCACGUUGGUGUUCAACGGGCUUGAAAUGGCCAUGCAUUCAAUGAUGGAGGGAUCAUGCCUCAACGACGUCGUCUUUGUCCACCCUAUCCUCCACGGUCUUUUCACCUUCCUUCAGAUGCAUUUCCUCUUCGUCAACUCGCAGGUGUUGGUGGAGAAGUUUGGUCUGAUCGCGCGGUUCGGUUUCAUGCAUCUGGCGGCGACGAACUUAGCUCUGUGGGUGAGGUUGGUGAUCUGGGAGAGUGGAAUCGAAUGGACGUAUUUCGUGUAUCUCGCUCAGACUGAGGGCGGACUCCAGCCGCGAGAUCGCGCUUCGUCCCCGUUCGAAACCGGGAUCCCGACUCCGCUCCAACUCAGGGGCUUCCCCAAGUCCAUGAGCCUUCAGCGGCACAUCAGGGACGUUGGAUAUGCCGCUUACAACGGUAGUUGGAGCAACGUGGCGAUUUACCGACCUGUCUCUGACAACCACAUCUCUCAAGUUGUAGCCCUUCACCAGUGCCUAAACACGAAUUCCCUCGGUCAACUUUGGACCUCAUCAAUGCCUUUCCUGUAUCCGUUUAUUGUUCAAUUCAGCCUGAUCGCAGCCGGCGUGACGUACAUCAUGGGGCAGAACGUGGGGAAGGACCGGAUGCGGCACCUGAAGCCGUCGAGUUCCUCCUCGGGGAACCUGAAGAAGAACCUGAUCAACUCGUCGAACGGGAACGGCGGCCUGAGCAACGGGAAGUCCUGCCUGUCGCACGGCGUGGACUCCCGACUCGGCGACGAGAACGUCGACUGCGGCGGGGCCUCCAAGGGUCUUUUCCUCGGGCUCCUGUGUUUGGUCACCGUCAUCGUCAUCAUCAUCAUCUUCCUCGUUGUCAAGGAGGACGUUGAUUUCCCCGCGGAGACCCUAUUCUGGCUAACGAGCGGCACCCUCGCAGGGAUACUCAGUAUCAGUUCUGUCAUGACCGUUCUUGGACUUAUCCAGGUCCGCAAGCUUUCGCAUACAGGUAAAACGCCCUCUGCGCUGGACAACCUCCUGUCGGCGAUCACAGUCGCCGGCGUGCAGUUGUACUCGAUAUUCGGGCUCGUCGUGGGUGCGAGCGGGUUCGCGGCGGCGCCGGUGCACAGCGUCGACCAGCGCACCCACGCCAUGCUCCUCGCCGUGAGCCUCCUCCAGCUCAUCCAGGCCGGCGCCCAGUCCACCCUCAUCGGAGAGGCCCUCCGGCGGGGCUCCAUCACCAGGCACCAGCUACUCACCAAGCCCGGACGACAGGUGAUAACGUUCCUGUUGUUCAGCAACGCGGCGCUGUGGGCGUUCGACUCGUUCAUAACGCAGAGCUGGCUAACGCAGGAGCUGCAGCUGCGCUUCAUGGGGCUCCUGGCCUGGGGCGUCGUCUCGCGGAUCUCGCUGCCCCUCCUCGUCUUCUACCGCUUCCACUCGGGUGUCCUCCUCCUCGAGGUCUGGCAGAGGGCCUACAGAAGCACCAGGCUCGACCCGCACAAUUGACCCUGGCCUCGCCUGACGCCCAGGGUAAGAGGGAGAGGCGCGAAAGGACGAAAGAGCUUCGGAGGGCGGUUGACGGGAUCCCGGACGGACCCCGGGACUCGGCGCCGAGGGAUGGUGGGACGGACGCGG